UUAGCGAUUGAAUUGGUGCGAGACGAGACGCCGUUGGACGUGGUGUUUGAGAAUGAUGAGUUUUUGGUGGUGAAUAAACCGCCGAAUCUGAGGUUUCAUCCGAAUCAUAGAUUUGAGGGGAAUUCGUUGUUGUCGCGGGCGUUGCACCAUAUGGACGGGGCGACGCCGUACAUCGUGCAUAGACUCGAUAUGGACACCUCGGGCGUGGCCGUGUUCGUGAAGAAGCAGCACUUGGUGGCGAAUGUAGCGGGACAGUUUCAAGAGAAGACGGCGAAGAAGACGUACCUGGCCGUGUCUGUGGGUGUCGUGCCGCCUGAUUGCGGCGACAGCUUCAUCGUAGACGCGCCCAUCGGUGACCACGGAAUCGUGCAGGAAGCGCGCACGGUUGAUUUCAGCGGAGAAGGAAAAGACGCGAGAACGACGUGCGAAAUCAUCGCUCGUGCGACUCCGCCGGCCGCCGUCGCCGCGCUCGUUCGCGUGACGCCGCUGACAGGUCGAACGCAUCAGAUUCGCGUGCACUUGGCGCAUGCAGGCUUGCCUAUUGUAUCCGAUGCGCUGUAUGGGCCGCACUUGCGAUGGAAACCGUACGACGAUUGGGGUGGGGCUUUGAGUAUUCGAAGACAAGCUCUUCACGCGUUCAAUCUCGAGCUCAAGCAUCCAGAAACAGGUGAAUCGCUUACGUUUCAGGCAAAGAUGCCGAGCGACAUGCGAAGCGUGUGCGACGCGCUU